AUGCCACGGUUCAUAGCUGGUCUUACAGCCUUGGGUCGAAUGUCGUACGCAAUGACGACAUUCGACAAUUCUUCGGCAUCGUCCCGAUUUUUGACAAGCUACGUGAGUCUCGCAUCAGAUGGUAUGGCUACAUCCUUCGAACCAGCAAUAAUUCUGCAUGCAAGAUUGUCAUCAACUUCAACGUUUCACGGAAGCGACCUAUAA